GAUCUUCCAAAAGUGGUAAAAAUACCCAAAACCCAUCUGCCAUUGCGCUUCUCGUUUCUCAAAUCUCAAUAUAGCCAACUCACAGACAAGACAACAAGAGAGAGAUAGAGACAAGGGGAGAGAGAGAGAGAGAGAGAGAGAGAGAGAGAGAGAGAGAGAGAGAGCUUAGAAGAAGCAACAAUGGCGGAAUACGGUAGAGGAAGCUCCCUCUCACAAGCUCAAGGCUACCAUAGCCACACCUCCGACGAAGAAAACGAUGAUCAUAGCCCCACCAGAACCGGAGCUCUCUACACACCACCACCAAAUAAGCCCAACAGCUCCAACAACAAAGCUGUCGCCGGUUCCAGCUCCGGCGCCGGUAGAGAUGUUGGAUCAUCCGGUGAAACCGUUCGGAAGCCCCGAGGCCGACCACCGGGUUCGAAGAACAAACCAAAACCACCAAUAGUGAUUACCAGAGACAGUGACGCUGCAAUGAGACCUGUCAUUCUCGAACUCUCCGCCGGCACCGAUGUUGUAGAGAUGGUUUCUCAGUACGCUAGGCGCCGCCACGUGGGGCUCUGUAUUCUAAGCGGUUCCGGCACUGUAGCGAACGUUACCCUUCGCUUACCAGUCCCUCAUGCGUCCACUCUUAUCCUCCAUGGACCAUACGAAAUUCUCUCUCUCUCCGCCACAUUUCUGGGUUCCUCUGUUUCUACUUCGAAAUCGUCUUCCUCGACUUCGAUUAGUUCCAUUAUGAUCACUCUUGCAGGGACUCAAGGUCAGGUCUUUGGCGGAACUGUUGCAGGGUCUCUUACUGCUGCUAGUAAUGUUGUUUUGGUUGCGACUUCGUUUGUUAAUCCUUCAUUUCAGAGGCUUCCUUUAGGUGAAGAUGAAGAAACAGAGGAUGUGAAGCCCAAUGUUGUUGUUGGUGGUGGUGGUGGUUCUGGUUCUGGGAUUGAUGCUUUCACGGAGAGUAAUACAAGUAUGUCCAUGAAUCUUUACAGUGUUCAAAGCCCAAGCCCUUUGAGUUGCCAGGUUUCUCCUGAUGUUUUAUCUUGGCCCUCCACCACUCGUUCUUCACAUUACUAAAACCAGAAAGAUCAUAAAAAUUGGAUCUUUGCUUCUGUAUCCUGCUGUGUUUUGAUUUUGGGUUUUUGUGGGGCAUUUUAUUUUAUGUUCUUAUUAGUUUACAAGCCUUAUUUCAGGGUUCCUUUUCUUUUGAUUUCCAUUUCGUUCCCUAGAGAGGUAGCUUGGGAUGUGGUGAUUCUGCUUCUGGUUCUGUUCUUGCUCUUUACUGAUGUGGUGGUGUCAGUUUCUUUAAAAAUUUGUCAGGAGCAGGAUAGGUUGGAAAAGCUCUUGGGAAGUGCUAAUUUCUCCACCUUCAAUGCAAGCUGAUUUGGAAGGUAAUGGACUGAUGGGUUAUAGGUGUUUCUGUUUCUACUUUUCUUUCUUGUUCUUCUAAAGAAGAAGAAUUAACUGGAAUAGAACUAUAGAUGAGUGUUGGUUGGUUUGCAUGGUCUGCAAGUGUAAGACUAACUAUUGUUGCAUGAGAACUGGUUGCUUUGUUUA